ACCUGGUUCAAUUUUCUGUAUUUUUAUUGUUAAAUCAGGAAAAUGAUUCAAUUAUUGACCCAAAACUUGGUCCUGCAGGGCCACCAUCCAGCAUUUUAGUUGUUUUUCUGCUCCAACACACCUGUUCGAGGGUCGGCUCACCUGUUCGCAGGGUAUCCACGGGUCCUUAAAAAGUCUUAAAUCUGCUUUUCCAAAUUUAAGGCCUUAAAAAUGAUAAAUAAUCAUUAAAUACAGUUUCCAAAGGUCUUAAAUUAAUUACCAAAGACCCGAUAAACAACAUUAUUUUAUUUCUAUUAAAUUUUCGUGAAUUUCUAGUCAGCGUUCAGCAUUUUUUGUGUAUGAUGUUGCCGUAAGCGGAACCGUACACAUGCAGUUGGUUGUGAAAGGUGGCUAUUUUUAGAUGAGCACUUUAGCUGGUUAAGCUAGUGGGAGCUUCUUUGGUGUGUUCUUGUUGUGUUGAAAUUCUAAUUCCAUCUUUCAGUUCUUUUUAAAACACAGAAAGGUUUUUAUUUACCUGCAACGUUUCGUCAAACAAAGAACUGAAAGAUGGAAUAAGUGGGAGCUUGCACCAUUGGGAAGUGCAAGUUUAAUGGUAACUGGGUGGCUAAUCCCGCGUUCACGACGUGGUUAGCACCGGUUCCAGGCAAUAGCUGGAAAUUAUAUCUUAAAUUUAAUUUAAAAAUAGCUUCAAUUUGGUCAAAGUGGCCUUAAAAAGUCUUAAAUUUGGCUCCCUUAAACCUGCAGCUACCCUGAGUUCAGCAGCUAAAGUAGAAAACCUCCUUUUCUCUGCUUCAAGACUAGCUGCUCCUGAAGGGUUUACAGACAAGGUAAAUCAGAGAUUAGGAUUAUUUUCAGCAUCACUGGGAUAAUGAAGCUAACCAGACUGCAGCUCCAGUUGUCACCACUGGAGGGCGCAACUCCCCUUGUUCACAGGGAGACAAUAAAACAAUGGAUUGUUGCACUAGCUAGCUGUGCUGUUGCAUAAAUCAGGAUUGAUCGUGUUUGUGGGGAUGUUCAGACUAGAAUGGGUCCAUGUUGGAUGUAUCACUGCCGUCUGAACGUUUUCGGAGUUCAGGACAGGGACGUAAAAACUGAAGCUGGGUUAGGGUCAGGUCAGAAACUCGACUUUCAGUUGAUUUGGGUUUAUGGAAAAUGAUCAUUUAGAAAAAAAAGAAUCAUUUAAAAAUCAAGUCUUUAGAUGAAUCAGAGCGAAACGAGUCCUCAGUGGCAGCUUUUCAUUCUGAACAUGUAAGUUUGGUGAAUUAGUGUUUUGGGUUUUCUGUUUUGAUCCGUUUGUCACUAAAAAAAACAUUUUUAGGCAAAUGAUAAAUGAGCCGCACUUGUGCAGCAGCUUUCAGAGUCAGAGGACUCCAAAGUGCUUUACAUGACAGUGAAUCGUUCAUCCAUUCACACACUGGUGGUGAUGAGCUACGAUGUAGCCACAGCUGCCCUGGGGCGCACUGACAGAGGCGAGGCUGCCGAGCGCAGGCGCCACCGGUCCCUCCGACCACCACCAGCAGACAACGUGGGUUAAGUGUCUUGCCCAAGGACACAACAGCAGCAUCCUCUGGUGGAAGCUGGGAUCAAACCUGCAACCUUCUGUUACUGGACGACCCGCUCUACCUCCUGACGCUGCUGCAUGUCUUUGUUUUUCAGAUCUCGGCUGGGAAACACCAGUUUUUUUGUGUGUGGCAACCUUGUGAUGGUAAAUAUUCAUAAACUUUCAUAGAUAUUUAAUUUAAUUCUCUACAGUUUUAUUUUUAGUUUGAUGUCAACCUAAAGACUGUAGUUGGCAGUGGGCAAGCUCAUGGGCACACCAGGCGGAAGUACUGCAGUAAGCGGUUACAUCACAUUCAUAAAAAUCCCUCAAACAAUAUCAACCAGGGCGAAUCCGUACACGCUGCGUGUCAGGUGGCUUACUGGGUUACGCUUCGGAGGUAUUUACCCGAGUUCCCACUACAAUCACAUCUCAAACCCAUGCUUUCAUUCUCUUCAGGUGGAUGCAGAGUUCAGGUGAGUCACAACCAAACCACUGCUGGACUGGACCAGAUAUCAGACAGCUCUCACAGGCGGGGUGAAGACGGUGUUGGUCAUCAGUAAGUAUCCCUGGUCAGAUUUGACCUGCAUGGUCACCUCCUACCCAUGUUAUGAGUUCAGCCUGCUGACUUCUUUGGAUGAAAUCCUGCCAUCAGUAGACUUUAUCCAUACAUGAAUAAACCUUUCUCUGGGUUUAAAAGGACAUGUUUACCACAGCUGCCUGGUGGACGAGUGAAAGGAUGAGCUUAGAGCUCCCUCUGGUGGAGAAAGGGAGUCGCAGCAGCAGCAAAGAUCAUUAAAAUACAGAGUAGAUUUUUUAUUUUUACUUUUUUUUAACGUUUGGCUUCAUCUGGUGGCCACCUGAGAUAUUUCACUCACUCACACACACACACACACACACACACACACACACACACACACACACACACACACACACACGAAUGGUUAACUGCAUGUUUUUUUUAUAAUUCAUUUAGAAAAACUGGACUUAUAUUUUACUUCAGGAACAAAUAAAUACAUUUUAAGUUGAUUUAGUUUUUAUUUGAUCAUAUAAAACUCAUUUCAUCACAUAAACACGCUUCUUUUUAAAAAAUAAAUCUCCCAUGUUAAUUUUUCUAACGUGUGAACAAACCCGACGUCUGAACAUUUGCUGAUUGUGAGUACUUUUAGGAGCUGAUGGUGCUCGUGCAGCAGACCCUCGCUCGGCUGGACGUACCUGAGCAGAGCGAGCGCCUGGAACAAACAAAAGUUCAUGACCUGGUCUAGUAAAGCAUCACCAUCUCCAUGGUAACAGAAACCAAUACUGACAUCCUUGCCUCCUAUAAGAAAUGCCUGCGUUCAGAUGAGAUGCUGUUUUUAUUCCUGUUUAUUAUGGGAUGCUGUCGUGUUUAGAUGUUGGGAGCAAAUCAAAAUAUUUCUAGGAAACACUUCCAGCGGUCAUUAUUAUAAACGAGCAGCUUUUGUCGUGUUUAGAAACACUUUCAGGAUGUUUUUGUCUUCUUUGUGACAACAACAAAUAUGAUAAAAGCUCUGAUGGCGAAGAGCCAAAAAAUAAAAGCUGCUGCCACUUUCACGCUGACGAGACUUUUAGGAUCCAUCUGGUGCUGAUUCACAAUUCCUAAACUCUUCCCAAUUUAUAAUGUAAAUAAUAUUCUCCAUGUGCAGGUAUUUAAAGUAAGAUUAUUUUUUGUUUCUAAGGGUCAGAAUCAAAACUAUAUUUUUGACAGUAAAUUUCAUUUUAAUUUAAAUCUAGUUUAUAUUUAAGCAGAAACACACGUUGGCAAAGAGCAAAGGUACCUGGUGCUUUUAUCUGACAUGUGCAAUAACAACAGUCGGAUAACUUUACUAACAAUAAAACACGCUCAAGCAGAAAUUCAGGACCAAUAAAAUACAUUAAUAGAUUGAUGUGGUUCAGGACCUUGGAGAGCACCAGCAGGUCGGAGAUGAUCAGGACCAUGGACAGCAGCCUCUAAAGACCCUCUGAAGAAGUCUAAAAACAACAUUUCAUCUUUAUUUAUCACUGCUUGAUGCUGAAAAAAGACUCAGAGACCAGAUUUAGAAUCUAUAAAUGAACAAAAGAGGAAGAAAGUGGGUAAAGGAGACCAGACCAACUGAUGUGGGAUCAGAUCUGCGACAGAGUCCUUGUAAGGAGAGCUAAUUAUACAUUUAGAGGUAAAGUUGUAACUUUAGAUUUUAAUCUGAGUAUUGAAAUGUAACAUUUUACAUUUUCAAUUGUAAAUUUUUAAGUAGAAUUAUUUUUAUGACAUUUUAAAGUAUAUCUAUAUUUAAAGUGGCAGUGUGUAGUUUCCUGGCACUAGGGGGCAGUACAUAAGUUUCAGGGUAUUUUUACACAAUUGUCUAGUUUAAAAAAACGUUAGGCUAACUUUUGUUACCUGUGGAACAGAAAGCAUGCAACCUCAGCGUGACUCCUCAGACUUUGAUGGACCUUCAGUUAAUUCCACGGAGAGAAUGCAAUGUCGAUUGUAGUUUUCUCCUCGGGGUCCUGCGCCUGCUGAUGAUGUCAUCAUAUACGGCAAUGCCACUCAGCCAAAUUAUAAUGCAUCUCUUCUUCAAUUCUGUUCUUUCACAUUGGUUUUGGAAAGAGCAAUUUUGUUCCUAAAUUUGUGUUUCUUACCUCCGAAAUGUUUCCAAACGUGGUAUAGUAACUUCCAGAAAUCGUACGUCCAGCCAAUCAUCUAGUGUGAUGUCAUCGACACCCAGCGCUGGCCAAAAGGAAACAUGGCGUCUAAUAUGGCGUCCCCCAACGACACUAGACUCGCGCCCUGUUUAGACCAGAAUUCAUGGUUAUAUGUUACAAAGUCGCCAAUAUUCUUCAACGACGACGUCAUUUUAUUCAUUUUCAGCAACGUUCCGAUGGACGCUUCCAGAGAUUAAAGGUGAACAUACACACUGUCUCUUUAAGAUAACGUAAAGUGGUGAUUCUAAAUACAGAGUUUCUUAAUUUGUAUGUUUGGAUUAAGAUUUUCUUGGUGUGAAAUUUUCCUGAGCCAUUUUGUAUUAGCAGAACCUUACGACUAAAAUAAAGUAAAAUUAAAUAAUUAAAAACAAGAUAAAUAAACUAUUUUUGUUUUACAUUUACAAGCAGACUUCUUAAAAAACAAAACAGGUUUAAAUUGAGUAAACUAUCAUCCAGGAUGAAGCUGAUGUCCUCUUUAGAGGGUCCCAGGACGGACAAUUGGGUUUUGAAUCUAAAUAUUUAGAUUUAAAUUUAUAAAGUUGGGCUCUAAUAUCUAGAUUUAAUGAUAAACGUGUGUUUAUAAACUGACGUUUAAAGCUCAAACCCUAAUCCCCCCACUCCCCCAAACCUCAGAGCAGCUCGUCUGGCGCUGAGCCAGCAGGAUUCACGCUUAUUCCCGAAGUUUCCCGACCUGAGCCGAACCGUCAGCCUCCACACACCCGACAUCCACCGAAAUCUUCAUCUCGCGUCCCGAUCUUCUUCCCUCGCGCUGAAAGUCUGCUUCCCGGCUGGGGGAGGUGGGGGAGGACGAGACCCACCAGGCAAGCGCCUCGCAGCCCAGCGGAGCUCCUCCCCGCGCUCCGGUCUCCAGAACCACGGCUGUAAAAAGGUUUGGUUUUUGCAGAGAAAAGCAUUUCAAGAUGAGAGUAAUUGGAGCUGCAGUCCUUAGCGCCGUGUUCUGCACCGUCGUGUCGGCGUCGCCACACGUAAAAACAGAAAGCAGGACGGCCUUCUUCGGCGAGGACGUCCACAUCGAGGUCUCGUCUGAGUCGGAGGUCGUGUUCAAACCCAGGACCAACCGGUCCUACGAGGUUCCUCUGCUGCGUGCGGGAUUGCUGGUCAACCAGUCCAAAGCCGAGCUGAACUCUCUGGGAGACCUGGUGCUGAAGGACGUCCAGGAGGAGGACGAAGGCGUCUACAUCAUCAGAGACAACCGGAAUUCCAGCAGACAGCUGGUCCUCGUGGUCAGGGACUGCGCUUUGGAGCAGGUGGUAAAAUACGGAGAGACCUACGUCAUCCACCUGAACCAUGUAGAAGGUCCCAUCACGCUGGAGUUCAGACCCAGUCUGGUCAGAGUCAACCAGACCGACAUUCAGACAUCAGAACCGCCUCCUGUGGUUCUGUACAACCAGACGGCGGUUCUGGGGGAGGACUACGUGGGCCGUCUCAGCGUGUCGGACAGGCAGGUGACGCUGCACUCGGUCAGGAUGACGGACGAAGGAAGCUUCACAGUUCUGGACCGGGAAGGUUUCACCAAGAUGAAGAACUGUCUGAACGUCCGAGACCACCAGAGCUUCCUUCGCCUCUCUUACGGAGAAAACCUGAGGAUGAAACUCUUCCUUCACUACUCCAACCUGAACAUCGUCUACAGACCCAAAUCAGACAACCAGGACCGGGUCGUGGUGGAUCAGGGGGUUCUGGUGGCGCCGCUGGACCCUCAGCUGGAGGGCCGGCUGACAGUGGACGGGUCAGAACUCCGCAUGAAGAAGGUCCAGACCUCCGACAUCGGAGUGUUCAUGAUAAAAGACCUGGGCGGAUUCACCGUGGCUCACGUUCACAUCAACGUGGAACCCUACAAGCUGCCCCCCCUGGCCGUCGCCAUCCUGUCCCUGCUGAGUCUGCUCGCCCUCAUGCUGCUGGUGUGCCUGCUGUCCUGUCUCUACACCAUCCACAAACGCAACAAGAAGAGCAAGAAGCUGAUGCUCAUCGCUCAGCAGGCCGGCAAGGGAGACGGCGAGGCCUUCAGACAGGUAGUGCACGAGGCUUACAGCAGGUUCACUGAGGAGUCUCUGAUGCAGUCGAUCAGUGAGAAACCAUCAGAGUGCACGGAGGUCACCAUCAAGGGUCUGGAAGUGUCCAAACCGGGCCGAUACCAGGCUCUCCCUACGGACAACCUCCUGGAAAUGAGCGACUCUGGAGUGGAGUUUUCCCACUCUGGCCAGCCGUUGGACAGUGAUACUGAAGCUGUGAUGACCUAUGCCUCCCACAAGCCCCUCCUGAAUGCCGCCUCCCCUCCAGCCUUAAAGGAAGGACCUCACUCCGACAGCCUGGAAGCCACAGUGGUUCCCGACGGGGACCUGAGCGCCGUCCGAACCCCUGACUCUGUCAUGAGCACCAGUCCUGCGUCCAAUCCCCGCUCGGCCGCCGCCGCCACUCCUGAUGGGAGCCUGCACAGCGCUGCAUCACCGGCAAAUGCCUCCAGGGGCACCGCUGAGUCAGAUCUAGCCCAGACGGAGGGCGGAGCAGAGGGCGGCGAAGGUCUGAUGGCAUAACCGGCUCCGAGCAGCUGACGGGAUGCACCAGGGUGUAGCGUUUGGCUCACAUCACUUUAGACAUCCACGUGGCACAAUUCCUCACAUCUAAACACGGAAAAGUCAAAACAUCACAGACUAAAAUGCCGAGGUUGGAUGUAGAUGCAGCCUUAAAGAUGCACACAACGUAGAGUUAAACACACUUUACAGAAAAAAGUGCAAAAGAGCAAAACUCCUGCAUCUAAGUGCAUGAAUGAAACAUAAGGACCAUAGAUCGGGUCUAGAGACCAGAACUGAUGUUAGAGUAGACUGCAUGCAAACAGGUUCAAUUAUAUUAGAACACAAAGAAACACUUGAGUCACGUCUGUUGGUCUGAAAUCCUCUCAAAUGUUGUAAAAAGAGACGCGAUUAAACGAGGUUGGAGGGUACGACGGUCGGAAAGCAGAAAGAAUCUGCAAAAAACUAAGAAAAGCAUCUCGCCUUCAGGGCAUUUUUCCUCCAACGCCACUGCUCUGCUCGCUCAGACGAACCUUCAGCGAUUGCAUUUGAGUCCGCCCCCACGCGCUCUGUUAUUAAAGUACAAACAUGUCAGCCCCCCCCCCCCCACACACACACACAGAAAUGCUUGUUUCAGCGUUCGCUCCCUGAGAAGUGCUGCUCCUCGAGUUAAUUCUCAGAAACCGGAUCAGCAGCACCCGUCUGCUGGUUGUUUCCCUCUUUCAUACUCGACGUGUCCCUCGCCACGCUUCAAGGCUUCCUGUGAGGAAACCUGUCGAAACGACCGCUUCUUCGAACGGUGAGAACCAGAAAACUCCCCACGAACAACAGCAAACGCUGUCCUCGUCUCUUUUUAGGAUUCACUCAGUCGGAGGAAAAUAAAGAUUCACAGAGUCGUCGUGACAUUCGGGGACUUAUGGAGCUGCUCUCGAGAACAUGAUUGGAUUUCCAGUCGUUUAGAAGACGGACUAAAUCACGGCCAUCGUUGAGAGAAGAGCACUGAUAACAGAGAUGGAAGAAAAGGAAGUGACAUGCAUGAUUCAUAACGUGUUUAUAUCUCAACCCCAAAAUCCAUCUCGCAGCUUUUUGUUGCCCAAAUGGAAGCUUGUGUGUGUGUGUGUGUGUGUGUGUGUGUGUGCGUGUGUGUGUGUGUGUGUGUGUGCGUGUGUGUGUGUGUGAUAACAAUCAUCUCCAACGGAAUAAGCGGUUGUCAACGACGUCAGUGCGUGGAGGAGACGACGGUAGAGUUUCAUAUGAGAUACGAGUCAGUCUGGGACCUUUAAACAGGAAAUGAGAGGAGAGAAACAUUUUUAAAGGAAGAAAUGAGGUUUAAAUAACAGCAAUAACAAAGAAUAUGAUCCCAAGUGUCCUAAAGCAGAACAUCACUAAUCCCUGACGUUACGGGAGAUUAUGGGAUUAUGUAAAAGUGGACUAGCGAUGACACAACUUACUUUUCCUAAAGAGUGAACCAAUUAAUUCAUUUUUGGCUCAAAUAUAAAAUAAUUUAAGCGCCAUAAACGAUGAAACACAUUAGAAUAGUUCACAUUAGAAAAGGAUCUGAAGCAUUUAAAUUAGUUUGUUAUUUCAGGAUAAAAGUGAGUCAUAGAAAGUCUUCUGAUGAUGCCUAAAAGACUCCAUGGGUCCCUGGAGUGACAUCGCCAAGCCAGUGGCCUUAAUUAAAGCACUAAUUAGCUGAGUGUAACUCUGGAGAACGCCUGCUGGUGUUGUGCUCUAAAAGGUGCCCCUGUUGCAGAGAGUCCUUUAACACAAGACUACACACUAGACAUCCACUCCAGGUUCAGGUGACAACAGAAUGCCCCCUAGUGGCUGGUUGCAGUAUAGUUCAUAAGCCCCGCCCCCUACAUUUUUAAUAUUUAAAUACUGAAAGACUUUUCAGAUAUUUUAUUUCUUGCUACUGCAUGUUGCAAUGUUAAAUUUAGCUUAUUUGAUGUUUGAACGGGUUAGUAGGCACCCUGAGCGCUUGGACUCUAAAACGCCAGGAGACGAGAUGUCGUGACUUCACAGGUGGAGAUGCUUAUUCCAUCUUAAAUAAAAACCCAUGGACUGUUAACAUGACUGAUUAUAGUUCACAUGUAAAAGUAGCUUCAGAUUCUGUCGUUUUACGGCUUAAAAACACUGAUGUAAGAAAAAAAUGUACGUUUAAUUUCUACCAAAACAAACUGGAAAUGCUAAAAUCCAAGAUGGCUGCCUUAUGCAUGGAAAACGCCUAUGGUUGUGUUCGUAAACGUUUAUUCAGACUUCUGUUGGUUUUUGUCUCAGAGAGAGAUAACUAGCAUUGGUUUGUGACCAGUGGUUAACCUGUUUACUAGUCCCACUGGUUGUCUGACCAACAGAUGGAACACGUGGUAAGAUCGUUUUGCUGAUUUUCUACCUGAUUCUCUCUCUCUGACGAUCUUAACGAUGGGCCUGAUUACUGUAAUGGCUCUAAAGAUAAUCUUAACAGAUAUUCCUGCCGUGUGUGGUGUGUUAUGAGUGCUCUGGUCUGCCCAGGAUGUCGGAACCGGUCCGAUCAUAAAGUCAACAUGUUGGAUUGUCUCGGUCCGAUUUUGAGGGCCAACGAGUGUGCUACCUGUUGAAUGUCAUGUGUAGCCAAUCAGAAAGCACGAUGAUGGAAGCAUGCUCCUCCUCCAUGUUUGUUUACUCUGUGAACUUAUAUCUCAUAAGGUUUCGUGAGAUUCCCCAUCUGCAGUGUAGUUUCUACUGAGUGGCUGCACACCACAGACCAAAGUGGGUUUAUCUGUGAUAUUUUAUCUCCUCAUGUGGGGUCGCUCAUGUUUUAAAGAUCAUCCAACAAUAGGCAGCCUAGAAUUCCUCCUUUACCUUCUGGAUAAUUCUGUUAACAACUCAUGAUAAAUGAGAGAAGUAGGGGGAAUGUAAAGAAAUGAAGUCACUGAUUUAAUUAGGUCACACCUCCACCAGCAGCUGACAACAGCUUCUGGUUUAUUAGCUCCGCCUCCUUCCUGUGAAACAAGCUAAAUCUGGUCACAGGGUUUCAUUCCCACCUCUGAGAGCGCGACAUUUCACGCCGUGUCCAAUCACCUUGUCUCCUCCACUUCCUGCAUCACAGCAACAUCGAUCACAUCUUCUGACACAGAGCGGCCAUAACAAGACCCCAGUAUCCCAGUAGUCCCAUUACACACCAGUGUUACUGUUCCCAUAGACAUCUGUUAGCAGGCUACCUCACCUAGAGCAGGCACGGGUGUUUGAGUCCUAAAAGAAAAGAAAAGCACAAACAUUAGCAUGGCGUUCCUUUUAAAUAUGGUUAUUAAUCACAUUUUUAUUAAGAAAUAAGAUGCGGCUGUUGUAAAGAACUAAUUCCUUUCCUAUUGAAGCUCAGAUAGGUUCGAUGUGCAUCGUGUGUUGAAUAUUCUAACCGAAUGUGAAUGAAUUAUCAGUUUUCUAAGCCUGUUUCAGUGGAAAAUGUUUAUAACUUCAUUAUUUAUUCUCACUGAAACGGAUUCAUAAAUAGGUGGUUUAGUGGAUUUUUAAUCACGUUUGCAGAUAAACGUCACCGACACCCACAUUCAAACACAAACUUUAUUAAUUAUUCGUUGUCACGGUUGUAAAUAUGAAAAAAUGAGAUCUGCAUGAGAAAAAUGUCAGAAAUCUGGAUGUUUCUGUGUAGCUGAUGCAGGAUUUUAUAUGGAAACGCUCGUUUAACCACCGCAGGUAGAAAACACACCUCUCUCUCUUUUUCUCUCUCUCCCUCUCUCUCUCUCCUCUCACUCCUUGUCUUUCUCUUUCUCUCUCUUUCUCUCUCUCACUCCCUCUCUCUCUCUCUCUCUUUCUCCCUCCCUCUCUCACUCCCUCUCCUUCUCUCACUCCCUGUCUUUCUCACUCUCUCUCUUUCUCUCUCUCACUCCCUCUCUCUCUCUCUCUCUCUCUUUCUCCCUCUCUCACUCUCUUUCUCUUUUUCUCUCUCCCCCUCUCUCCCUCUCUCUCUCCUCUCUCUCUCUCUCUCAUUCUCUUUCUCUUUUUCUCUCUCCCCUCUCUCUCUUCUCUCUCUCUUUCUCUCUCUCACUCCCUCUCUCUCUCUCUCUUUCUCCCUCUCUCACUCCCUCUCUCUCACUCUCUUUCUCUUUUUCUCUCUCCCCCUCUCUCCCUCUCUCUCUCCUCUCUCUCUCUCUCUCUCUCAUUCUCUUUCUCUUUUUCUCUCUCCCCUCUCUCUCUUCUCUCUCUCUUUCUCUCUCUCGCUCCCUCUCUCUCUCUCUCUCUCUCUUUCUCCCUCUCUCACUCCCUCUCUCUCACUCUCUUUCUCUUUUUCUCUCUCCCCCUCUCUCCCUCCCUCUCUCUUUCUCUCUCUCACUCCCUCUCUCUCACUCUCUUUCUUUUUUUCUCUCUCCCCCUCUCUCCCUCUCUCUCGUCUCUCUCUCUCUCACUCUCUUUCUCUUUUUCUCUCUCCCCCUCUCUCCCUCUCUCUCUUCUCUCUCUCUCACUCUCAAUUUGUCUCUCUCCCCCUCUCUCCCUCCCUCUCUCUUUCUCUCUCUCACUCCCUCUCUCUCACUCUCUUUCUCUUUUUCUCUCUCCCCCUCUCUCCCUCUCUCUCUCUCUCUCUCACUCUCUUUCUCUUUUUCUCUCUCCCCCUCUCUCCCUCUCUCUCUUCUCUCUCUCUCACUCUCAAUUUGUCUCUCUCCCCCUCUCUCCCUCCCUCUCUCUUUCUCUCUCUCACUCCCUCUCUCUCACUCUCUUUCUCUUUUUCUCUCUCCCCCUCUCUCCCUCUCUCUCUUCUCUCUCUCACUCACUCUCUUUCUCUCUCGCUCCCUCUCCUCCCCCCCUCUCUCUCUAUUUCUCUAUCUCUUUCUCCCUCCUGCUCUCCUUCCCUCUCUCUCUCUCCCCCUCUCUCUCGCUCCCUCUCCUUUCCCCCCUCUCUCUCUCUAUUUCUCUAUCUCUUUCUCCCGCCUGCUCUCCUUCCCUCUCUCUCUCUUUCUCCUUCCCUCUCUCUCCUUCCCUCUCUCUCUCUAUUUCUCUCUCUCUCUCCCCCUCUCUCUCGCUCCCUCUCCUUCCCUCUCUCUCUCUUUCUCCCCAUGUUUACAUGUCUGAGUCUGUUUGGUUUCGUGUGAAAUCCUUUCAUCCAUCUUGGUCUCAGCGGGUUUCGGCAGCCUCUGCAGGGCGCACCGACACAUCGAGGGCUAAUGAUCCAAUCGGGUUCAGGCAGAUUCAGGUCCUGUCUUCAAGGUCAGAGCGAGAAUCUGUGAUCAGCUGCAGAAAUCCACAAACGUGUACGACUUCUGCUCGGCUUUGCGUUCAAUCUCAGACUUUUGAUGUAAUAUUGAGGAUAAAACAGACCUUCGUUGUCCUGGAGGGCCUCCAGCUUCAGAGGGAAGGUUGUUUCACUUCAUCUCAUCUAAACUUAUGUUAGUUUAAAAAAGUACAAAAAGUUCAUUCAGAACUUGAUUUUAACUGAGAUUUUUUAGCCUCUUUAGCAACAAAAGAUCUUUUUAUGGUGAUAGUGGAAACUUUUAUGCCACCCAGCAACAAUCUGAUAACGAUUUCUUAAUUUAAAUCUUUUUUUAAAUCUUUCUUUCAUGUUUUCUGUCUUAUAAACGGGCUCAAAUUUUUAUAUUAGUUUAAAAACAAACAAAAAAAGAUGUUAAACCCAACUGCAUGUGACUUCUACACCUCUAAACCCGACAAACCGAACCAAAGAGGCAACAAAGAAGUAAACUGACCUCAAACUACUGUUCAAAUGAAGGAAAAAGUUCAUGUCAGCGACACGGUUCGGCUAUUUUCUGCUUAUUUAGUCAUUUUAAUCUUUAUGCUUCUUUAAAUUGUUGGGAAAAUGGUCAAUUCUUGAUCAUUUAUGGCAUGCUAUCACACAAAUAUGUAAAAACAUUAUAAUCCUUUAUUUCAUGAAGCUCGUUUUGAUAUAAACUCCUUUAAAAAUGCACCAAACGAAGAUUUCCUGCUGGAUUUCAGUGGUUUAUAUGAACUAAAACAACUGUAGUGACAUUAAUAAUCUUGCUCGCGUUUCACAAAAUACACACAGAAGAAAAGAAGUUCAUUAUUUGAUGAUAUUUGGAUAAAAAACAUCAUUUUCCUCUAAUUCUGAGAAAACUGCAUCAGAAAAAUAGACAAAUUAGUUGUUUAUUCAGUGUAAAUUAUCCAUCUGUUGAGUGGAUUUGAGUCUGAAAGCAGCUGAUUAGUCUCCUGAACUAUUGGCUGUGAGUAUCUUCAGGUUUUUGGGUGUUUGAAAGGCCGCUGAAGCUGUUUUCCUUCCUAAACCUGGAAAGCACGUCUUCGUUUUGAAGAGAAGACGAGAAUUUAAACCGUGAGUGGAAUCGACACCUCCUCGUUCUGAGGACACUUUGAUGCUUUGUGAGGUGAAAGGACACGAGCUGCUUUCGGGUUUCGGCGUGCGCUCUGCUGGAAUAACAACGCUGUGCUUUAUGAAAGCAUUUCACUUUGUGCCGGCCACCCUCGCUCUGAUGUUUUCUGUUUCAUUUCACAUCUGAGGCCCGGCUCUGAAGGCUCCUCGGAGCAGAAGUGCUGAUCCGUGAGCGGGCAGAGGAAGAUUUAACAAAACGCUCUUUCAGUCCUGCUAAUCUGCCAUUCUCUGAAAUUCCAGAGAAUGUAAUGAAAAGGCAGGAAUCUGCGAGGCGGUUUGAUCAAAACAGGAAAUUAGCUUUAAUUCAAAACAUCUGAAGAACUUUUGACUCAGAAAUGUUUGAUUCACUCGACUUUAAAUCAGCAGCUUCUUUGAUAAUUGCCUGUGCUGCUGAUCUGUGACAGCUGGGUCUUUCAGAGGAUCCUGUGUUACAGUAAUUAUGUUUUAGAGUGUUGAAAGCAUGAAAGUCACGCCUGCAGCACUUCUGCUCCGCUUGUUUGGUCUGCAGCACCACUCCAUGCUUUUAUUCUGAAACAGUUAUUCUGAUAUCAUUCGUGCAUCAAAACAAACUGAUGCCAUCCUGAUGACAUUGUAACAUGCUUGACUGAAGGAUCGGCGUAAAAACCCUUCUGUAGCAUCACCACCAGCUGCUCCAGCCGUCUCAGCUAGCUAGCGUAGCUGCAGCCGACCUGCGGACUGUUUGUGGGGCAGCAGAGAUCAAAUCAAACACACUCUUCUGUACAGCUGGCCUCCUGAUUCAUCCUGACCUCUUGGUCUCCCAUCAUCCUCCUGGGACCCGAACCCAGCUCUCGCUGCUCAGUAACCAUAGCAACAUUUAUGUUUCGUUCCAUGCAUUAUAGCAGAGAAGAGACCCCGUUUCCUUCAGGAGAGGCUGUGUGUUUUCUUUAGGAUGAAGUAGUUUGAUCUGCAUCAUGUUCACCUUUAACUUGAAUGUUAAACUCAGUAACAACUAUUAAACUUCUUUUCUAUGC